UGCUCUCUGAGGCAAGUCUGUCUCCCGUGCCCCCAGAGGAACGGAAGGCGGGAUUCAGCUUCCUCAGUGCAGUCUUCAAACGAGAAAUCUGAGAUUCAUAACAUCUUAUAGCUUGGCUUGACAUCCGUGAUCAUGAGGUGGGCCCAAAAUAAACUCCCUGCUUCAAAGGAGAGUGUAUCAGAAGUGUCUGGCACAGCAGCUGGAAGUUCAUGGCCAGCUCAGGAGGCAAACUCAGAGGGCAUGUUCUGAGUCCAGACACCGGAGAAAUCUCUCUGUUACCCUGACCUGUGUCCCUGCCACAGAGCCUCACAGGGUUUUCUCACCCGCUGUGUCCUUGUCCCUGCUGAGUUUCUCUUCUGGAAGCUGGGGGAGAGGUGGCCGAGAUGGCAACAGAGAUCAGCGCUCGGGGCAGGCAGCGUGCCAUUGGACAUGAAGAGUAUAGCCUGUACAGCAGCCUGAGCGAGGAGGAGCUGAUCCAGAUGGCCAUUGAGCAAAGCCUGGCAGACAAGACGCGGGGCCCAGCCCCUACUGAAGCUGCGGUGUCCUCUCAAGCCAACCGCCAGCCAAGCCAUUUCUACCCGUGGACCAGGUCCUCUGCACCUCCCGAGAGCCCACCGGCCCGUGCCCCCCUGGGCCUGUUCCAAGGGGUCAUGCAGAAGUAUAGCAGCAGCCUGUUCAAGACCUCACAGAUGACGGCUGCAGACCCUGUGCUGAAGGCCAUCAAGGAAGGUGAUGAAGAGGCAUUGAAGGUCAUGAUCAAGGAUGGGAAGAAUCUUGCAGAAGCCAACAAGGAGGGCUGGCUGCCACUGCACGAGGCUGCCUACUACGGCCAGCUGGGCUGCCUGAAGGUUCUGCAGCGAGCCUACCCAGGGGCCAUUGACCAGCGCACACUGCAGGAAGAGACAGCACUGUACCUAGCCACAUGCAGGGAACACCUGGACUGCCUCCUGUCGCUGCUGCAGGCGGGGGCGGAGCCUGACAUCUCCAACAAGUCCAGAGAGACUCCACUCUACAAAGCCUGUGAGCGCAAGAACGCAGAGGCAGUGCGGAUACUGGUGCGACACAAUGCGGACACCAACCACCGCUGCAACCGGGGCUGGACUGCACUGCAUGAGUCUGUCUCCCGUAAUGACUUGGAGGUCAUGGAGAUCUUGGUGGGCGGCGGGGCAAAGGUGGAGGCCAAGAACGCCUACGGCAUCACCCCCUUGUUUGUGGCUGCCCAGAGCGGGCAGCUGGAGGCUCUGCGGUUCCUGGCCAAGCACGGUGCUGACAUCAAUACACAGGCCAGUGACAGUGCGUCGGCCCUCUAUGAAGCCUGUAAGAAUGAGCACGAGGAGGUGGUGGAGUUCCUGCUCUCCCAGGGCGCAGACGCCAACAAGGCCAACAAGGACGGCCUGCUUCCGCUGCACGUGGCCUCCAAGAAGGGCAACUACAGGAUCGUGCAGAUGCUCCUGCCGGUGACCAGCCGCACGCGCGUGCGCCGCAGUGGGAUCAGCCCGCUGCACUUGGCUGCGGAGCGCAACCACGACGCGGUGCUGGAGGCGCUGCUGGCCGCGCGCUUCGACGUGAACGCGCCGCUGGCGCCCGAGCGCGCGCGCCUCUAUGAGGACCGUCGCAGCUCCGCACUCUACUUCGCUGUGGUCAAUAACAACGUGUACGCCACCGAGCUGCUGCUGCUGGCCGGCGCCGACCCCAACUGCGACGUCAUCAACCCCCUGCUGGUGGCCAUCCGCCACGGCUGCCUGCGCACCAUGCAACUGCUGCUGGACCACGGUGCCAACAUCGACGCCUACAUCGCCACGCACCCCACCGCCUUCCCCGCCACCAUCAUGUUCGCCAUGAAGUGCCUGUCGCUGCUCAAGUUCCUCAUGGAUCUUGGCUGCAACGGCGAGCCCUGCUUCUCCUGCCUGUAUGGCAAUGGGCCGCACCCUCCAGCCCCACCACGUUCCAGCCGCUUCCAGGACGCGCCAGGGGACGACAAGGCGCCUGGUGUGGUGCAGUUCUGUGAAUUCUUGUCAGCCCCUGAGGUGAGCCGCUGGGCAGGACCCAUCAUUGAUGUCCUCCUGGACUAUGUGGGCAAUGUGCAGCUGUGUUCACGGCUGAAGGAACACAUUGACAGCUUCGAGGACUGGGCGGUCAUCAAGGAGAAGGCAGAACCCCCGAGACCUCUGGCUCACCUCUGCCGGCUACGGGUUCGGAAGGCCAUUGGAAAAUACCGAAUAAAACUCCUAGACACACUGCCACUCCCGGGCAGACUGAUCAGGUACCUGAAAUACGAGAACAGCCAGUAACAGCUUAGCAAGGAGGAGUGGCCCUCAGACUGUUUCCAAGAUAGCUCAAGAUGGUGGUGACCUACAUACAAGAGCACCUGGGGACAGAAAGAUGCUGCAGUGUGCUGCCUCAGCCAGGCUGCAGCUGUGAUCUUGCUGGGUCUCUGUACCAAAGCUCUCACCAGAGCGAGAGCCUGAUGUGUGGCAUAGGAGAGGAACCACCAGUUUCAAACUGUUGAGUGGACCCCAGACCUGCUUUGCCAUUGGGUGUGCCAGAGACCUUCGACCUGGAGCCAGGGCAGAUGUGAUCUGGGAGAGGCAGGCCCAGUAGGGACCUGGCCUUCAGCUGGAGAACUUAUAGGAAUGAGUUUGCCCAUCAGGGAUUACCUUGUCCAGGGCAUCCCUGUACUCUUUCCCCUGGGAACCCCCCACUGGACUCUGAACUUUGAGGCUGGGAGGGAGACCCUCAGCCUGAGGGCUUUGUUAAGUACAAUAAAUGUUGCAUACAAACA